AUGACGGGCCAUGAUGCAAACUCUGCCGACGGCAGGGAGAUCCCUGCCGAGAUUAUACGUGAGAUUCUACUAAGGCUGCCCACCAGGGACGUCACGCGCUGCUCCGCCGUCUCAUGGCGAUGGUUCUUCGUCGUCAAAAACCCCACCUUCCGCAAGCUGCACGCAGCCAGCCAUGCCGUCGUGGCGGCGCCAUCCGAGCUGCUGCUCGUAUCGGACCGUCAGGACAAACACCACUGCUUCGUCGAGGCCAGCAUUGCCAACGUCUCGCUGGCAAAGCCCAUGUGCUGCCUCACCCUCUCGCCGGAGUACCGCCUUACCAACGUCUGCGGGGCCUUCCUCUGCUUUGCGCCGGCGACGAUCAACAGGGAGGUGCCGCCGGUGUUUGUCUGCAACCCCGCCACCGGCGAGAGGCUGGCACUCCCCAGGCCGCCUGGGUACGGCUUGGACGACCUCGUCGCCUUGGGAUUCAGUCCGACCACCAAGGAUCAAGCUGUUCCGGUGUACGGGCUCAAGGACGCUUGA